AAAAGUGCACGAAAAGACAAACACCAGAAUUAAAAUAAACAAAUAAAUGACCCACCCAAUAAAAAAAACCCCGCCAAAUUGAAGCCGAUAACUUCUGCACAAAAAUAUCCACCAUUUUCGCGUAGCUUAUAGAGAAAUCAAUGCCUUUAAAGGUCAACCAUGGAAACCUUAGAGAAGAUGAUAUCUCCCGGUAACGAUCAUAUUCUCCAUCGGAAAACGAACAGCCACGAUCUUCGUCGGGAAACGGAAUAUCUCGGUGAUGAAGACGACGGAGAAGGCGAGGAGUUUGAUGGAGAGUUGUGGAAGAUGCUGAGCAGCAGACUGGAGCGAGUUCAAUCGGUGUUGGAUGAAAACUCUGCUUUGAUUCAACGAGUGAAUGAAAAUCAUCAGUCGAAAAAUCUAGACAACUUGGCGAAGAAUGGUGACCUAAUUUGCGAAAUCAAUGGAAAUAUUUCCAAGAUUUUGUCCAUGUACUCUGAUCUUUCUAUUGAUUUCACUAAUUUGGUUUGCCAACGCAAAUUUAUGUGGAAGAAUUGCGAUAAUGGCUGGAAGGAGGGGGUAAAUAACUAGAUACUGCUACAGAUAAUGAGAUCAUGAACAAAAUGAAGAUUUUACAGUGAUCAUAUAGUUUAUAUCUGAUUAAUCUCUUCCGAUUGUUGAUAUUAUACACAAUUAGUAAAGUUGUGUUUAUUUCUAGUUUGUGGUGGUUGUAUGAUUUUUGGUUAUCAUGGGGAUAAAUUCUUGGUUCAUGUAGCAGAUCGAUAUUGAUCUUGUUUAAUUUGUGGUGGUGAGAGAGUGAGUUAUCUUUGUUCUAUGGUGUGUUGUUCUUUGUUGUGACUUGUAUGGAAAAUUGAUAACUUUCAUCUUCA